UCAACGUUGAUCGGAGAGUGCAGAAAUAAAAAUGAAAUGAGCAUUAAAUGCAAAGACUCCUUUUCCUCUGUGAUGUAUCUGUGAUAAGAGUUUUGGACCUCUCAGUUACAAGGCCUUCGAAGUCGACAACACAUCUCUGGUAUUUUUCAACUCGUUACGUAGAUCUGAGGAAUAUAAGCAACUCAUCGUCUCUCGGUUACUUCACGGCUAGUUGAUUACUUGGGAUUUUUCUCCGUGUUUCUCAGAGGACGCAGAGGAUGUAAGCUCUCGUAUGCAGAAGACAAUGAGUUUGGUGCUUUUUAAAAAAGUAUUCGACUCUAGAAAGUUGUGGUCAAAACUAUCUUAUCUCUCUACGAUGUUGACGGAGUUAUUCGUGUACUUGGCAUCAAGUAUGCAGCCUGUCACAAAAACGAAGUCGGCAGAUUCGGCUCCAUGCAGUCGGGAAGAUGGCGACGAAAAGCAAAAAAGAAGCAGAAAAACAUUGGCGCAAGAUAUGAAAAUGCGCUUGAGUUUUCUCCGCAGGAGGCAUACAGAUAGUUCAUUACAGCCUUCUGUAAGACCUUCCCCUGAGGAAGCUCUCAAGUGGGCAGAAUCAUUUCAAGAAUUGACGAAUAGUAAAUAUGGACUGUCAUUAUUUCGUGCAUUUCUGUCUCGCGAAUUCAGUGAAGAAAAUAUUGAAUUUUGGUUAGCUUGUGAGGAAUACAAGCGCUCCAGAGCUAACAAGCUCAGCUCAAAAGCUCGAAAAAUUUAUGAAGAUUUUGUAGCUGUACAAGCACCCAAAGAGGUAAACCUAGAUUCAUCAAUGCGUUCCUUGAUACAUGACCACCUCCAGAAUCCAGACAGGCAUGCUUUUGAUUCAGCUCAAAGAAGAAUCCAAGGGCUCAUGGAACAAGAUGCUUAUGUCAGGUUCUUGCAAUCAGAUCUAUAUACGGACCUUGCCCAAGCAAAUAAUCCUAAUACUUCGAGUUGAAAAGUUUCCUCACAUAUACUUUAAAACCUGAAGCAUUCCCGUAAAGUAAAAACUUACCUGCAGUAUUUGCAAUGCGAGUGGUUACAGAUCUUUCUUCGUUUUGCGUGGAUAUAGUACUAUUUAUUGUCGCGAGUAAUGAACUGAUUAAAUUGCAAUGGGGUUCUAAUUUGCCAUCUUCUUGGAUAACCAAAUAUGUGUGUUGUAUAUUAGCUUAAGAGUGGACUGACUGAUUGGUAGUUGAAACACAUUUCUAACCCAUAAAAUUUUAUAAGCGAGGUAUUUAUGACACCUUUGUUAAAAAACGGAAGACCGAAUAAAAUUAGAAUAUAUGUUUUAUUGCCAUGUAAAGGAGCAUAACUGUAACCUUUUUGACUUAGAUCAAGAUGUUGUUGAUAUAUGUCAGUCGAUUUAAGUCAGAAUGGUCUGUACAGCUAAAUUUUGAAACUCAAUGCAAUAAUGAAAAGAGAUUUUUUUGUAGAGUUAACAGCUGAAGUGUAUCUCAGUUUGUAAUAACGGAAGUGCCAAAUACUGGUGUAAAGUAUCUGUACAUAAAUAAUUUUUCUAUCACUUGUUGCAAGGAUAUCGAUGGUCAUUAUUCAUUUUUGUAACCUUGCAGCAAGGUCAUUCGGUCUUGAUGAAGAAAUAUUUGUUACAAAAUAAUAAGAAACUAAUUUGAAAUUCUUUAAUUAUGCCCAGGAGAAAAUGUAAAUACAAAUAGUGAGUCUGCAUGGAUGUAUUAAGAAUCAAUUCAGCUGUAAAUAUAUUUGUUUCAUCCUGCUCCACAAUGAGUACUGUAUCCACGGACUGUAGCUUCCGGACGAGAUGAACAUAUUAAUGUGAGGAAGAUGAAAUUUUUUGGCAUCGGAUAUCACAUUCAGAAAUCUCAUGGAAAAGUGUUUUUCAUACUUGGUAGAUCGCAUCGAUGGUUGUAAAUUAUUGAUUCACGAGAUGUAUUAUUUAAAUGAUGUAUUUUCAUGAUGAAUAACGUGGAAGAUAUUUUAUCUUCUGUUAGAUGCAGUUGUAGCUGUCUUCUGUCAUUAUGUGAUCUUUUUUGAUACGCUGAAUCGAUAAAUGGUGCGAAUUAUCGUUUGUAAAGCAGCAGAAUUCUACGUUCGAUGUUUGCACCGUGUUACGUUUUUGCAAGUUUUUCAAAUAAUUUUUUCCAACUUUUGAAAUAUUUUCCUAUGUUUCUAUUUACCCGUUUUUCAGUAAAAAUACAGCAACUUUAAUAUUUAUACUUCUGAAUAUCACCCUCAAAAAAUUUUAAACUGUAAUAGAAUAAAUUUCGACAUUUUAUGUGCAGUACGAAAAGCUCUGUAUGUCUCUACUGUAUCAGUAUCUAAAUGUGUAUAUAACAAAAAAAGCACAAGAUUCAUAUGCAGAUUCUAGUGAGUAAUUAAAUAUAAUUCAUGUUACUUAUAUUUGGAGUAACUCCUAUCUAGUCAGCCUUUAAAAGUGAUGUGUUACUUUUCAACAAGGGAUAAAAUAAUUGCAUAUGAAUUAAAAUAUUCAUCUUAAAUUUUAUUUCAGAUUGAGAUAAAUGUAAAGAUGGAAUUGUUUUUUCCCUUUAUUUCACGGAAGUUAAUUUUUAAAUAAUUUGUCAUAAUUUUAAGUAAUUUGACAAUAGUUUGUCACUACACAAUAAUUUAAAAUAAUUUCAUGUGAU